GCGGCGAGUUUGCUCGCAUCCGUACCUUAGGUUGGCAAUAAUACAGUAAUUUGGUAAAGCCAGUCUGUUCAGUCUGUCAAAGGACAUUGCGGAGAUGCCUACACACUACUGGCACUCGACUCUGAAAGGCUGCGGCCCGCAACCUGAACUUGAGUGCAACGCGUCCGAUCAAUCUCAAUGAUAUAGGCUUUUGACCACCUCCCAUCGUUUACACUUCUCGGUGCUGUCUUCGGGCACAGCUGCUUGACUUUUUUAUUUGGCUCAGAAUACUAGUACAUGCUUCUGCUUCAGUCCCUGCCUGCACCCAGCGCGACCAGAGAAUCGUUUGUCUAAGACGCUUCCAGCACCAGCACGAACACCACCACCACAAUGGCAGAUGAACCUGGCUCGCUCAACUGGCGCCUCAGCGCGCACCCGAUCACACUUCUCACAUAUCUUGGAUUCCGGAUAGGAAGUCUCCUAAUGUAUCUAUUCGGCGUCCUCUUCAUCCGCAACUUCGUCCUCGUCUUCAUCCUGACGCUCCUCUUGCUCUCGCUCGAUUUCUACUACCUCAAAAACAUUGCUGGCCGCCGACUCGUGGGGCUGAGAUGGUGGAACGAAGUCAACACGGCCACAGGUGACAGCCAUUGGGUCUUUGAAUCCGCCCCCGAAGGCAGCCGCACCGAGAAUAAGACGGACAAACGCUUCUUCUGGUUGAGCAUGUAUACUGUGCCUGCGCUGUGGGUGGCCUUGGCCAUCCUGGCUAUUGUGAGACUGCAGAAUUUGAUCUGGUUGGUCACCAAUGUCAUCGCAUUGGUCCUCACAAUCACAAACACAGUCGCCUUUUCGCGCUGCGACAAGUUCAGCCAGGCCUCGAAUUUUGCCGGGUCCGCGUUUCUCGGCGGCGGCAUUGCCCGUGGUCUUGCUAGCAAUAUGGUCGGCCGAUUCUUUAGAUAACAGCAAAGUGGUCGGUAAAGUGGACAUACUAGGUCCACGGUUAGAGGGCAUCGGCCGCCCCGUGGGAGCCGGCCGUGGUCAUCAGACCCACCAAGCUACCAUAUGUUUCAGCUACGAUUGUGCAAUGCUGGAAAGCUCCCUAAACGAACGACGCAAUCUUUCAGCAAGACGGAUGGGAUACUCGUACUCCCCUGGAUGGACUUGACUACCCCUGGAAGACUGUCCUGCCACAUGCCAUGCCUGAACGAAGUCGGAUCGGACCAGUCUAGCUGGGCACACUAUACCAAUACCAAGCUCGCUUCACUUUGACCUGGCCUGGGGCUUAAAUGCGUCUCUGUCCCUCCCCUGUCUGUUGGCAGAGACAUCGGCCGGAUUCUUGUCCCUCUUUGGCGCCCAAACAAAACGUGCUCUGCCACGUCGGCGGUACAGCAUUUCCCCAAGACUUGUCAAGUUGGCCGGUCCAUGUGGAGUGGAGAAUUGGAAAUUCAAGGACCUGUCGAGAGUACUUUGCUUGCAAACAGCUCCAGGCCGGUGGCGGGAUUUUGAGCAUCCAUCCAUUCAUACCUAUGCACGUUGCAGGAACAGAACACCAAUGAGACGGGAACCCAUAAGUUGAGGAUUCAUUGCUCGCUAUACCUCUAUGUAUUUAUAGUCCAUGAUGCUCGAAACCGGUACUGGUAUCGCAAGAAGUCCUGCAAAUGAGUCCAUGACUACAACAACUUACUUUACGUACAAAUAUGAAUGUCCCGAACCGGGGUCUUAUUUGCCUAACUAGGUAUCUCAGAUGCACGCUGUUUAAUGCUUUUCGACCACCACUGCUAAACCCAGAAGUCCCAUGGGACGUUCCUCAUUCCUUUAA